UGAAAGGUCGGAAUGAGAGAGCAUUAGAGUUGCUCUAAUUUACGUUUUUUUUUUUUUUUUUUUUUUUAGUAAAUCAUGAACUGUCACGUAUUUUAUCAUCUAUAUAUCUCCUUCCUAACAGAGUCUCCGAAAGAAAUCCUCGAAUCAAAUACUUUCUUGAUCUGCUCUUUUUUAAAGGAUUGAUUCAUUCUCUUUCAAUUAUAUUAUCUUUUGAUUAGGGUUUCGUUCUUCAACAUACAAUCAUAAAUAAAUAUAGACACACGUAUAUAUAUAUAUAUAUAUAUAUAUAUAUAUAUAUAUAUUUAUUGUUGUUUGAACUCAGGAAUGAAGUUUAAGGACGAAAUUGAAUGUAAGAAUCAGGAAAGGAGAGUGGAAGAGAUGGCGUCGCAGAUUUCUAGGGUUGGAGGAGGGUUUCCACCAGCAAUGAAAGCUAUUGUGGUUGGUUAUGCUCUUACAUCGAAGAAGACCAAAAGCUUUUUGCAACCCAAGCUUGAAGUUUUGGCUAGGAACAAGGGAAUUUUAUUUGUUGCUAUUGACCAAAAUAGACCUCUCUCAGAUCAAGGUCCUUUUGACAUUGUUUUGCACAAGUUAUCAGGAAAAAAGUGGCAGCAGAUUCUUGAGGACUACAGGCUAACACACCCAGAAGUCACAGUCCUUGAUCCUCCAGAUGCCAUACAGCAUGUAUACAAUCGCCAGUCCAUGCUUCAGGAUGUUGCUGAUCUGAACUUGUCUGAUGUCUGUGGCAAAGUUCGUGUACCAAAGCAAUUGUUUAUUGAAAGAGACCCAUCCUCUAUUCCUGAUGCAGUUAAUAAAGCUGGGCUGGUUCUACCUCUUGUUGCAAAACCUUUGGUUGUUGAUGGAAGCGCAAAGUCCCAUGAACUAUCACUGGCUUAUGAUCAAUAUGCCCUUCAGAAACUUGAACCUCCACUUGUUCUACAGGAGUUUGUCAACCAUGGAGGUGUUCUCUUCAAGGUUUACAUCAUUGGGGAAGCUAUUAAAGUUGUCAGGCGUUUCUCCUUACCUAAUGUUUGCAAAAGGGAGCUGUCCAAAUAUGCUGGAGUAUUUCGCUUUCCAAGAGUAUCUGGUGCUGCACAAUCUGCUGAUGAUGCAGUUCUAGACCCAGGGGUCGCAGAGCUUCCCCCUCGACCUUUACUCGAGAGACUUGCCAAGGAACUUCGUCGUCGGCUGGGCCUUCGGUUAUUCAACUUAGAUAUGAUUAGAGAACAUGGGGUCCAAGACCGGUUUUACGUCAUCGAUAUCAACUAUUUCCCUGGGUAUGGGAAAAUGCCUGAAUACGAGCACAUAUUUACAGACUUCCUAUUGGGCCUAGCGCAAAUCAAGUACCGCAAAAAUAAAGUACAAGAUACGCACUGUUAGUACUUAUCGAAGAGCCUUUGUGGUAGUAAAAGGAACACACUUGAUUCGAAACGAGUAUCAGCCCAACGAGUACAUUGCAGGAAAGAAUGCUAUGCAUAUUUGGGUUGUACAAUUGUGCGCUUAGGCUGGUGGUGCUUGCACAAGAAUUGUAGGAAGUUGCUAACUAUCAGUCUAUUAUUGCAGCCCAGCCAACAAGGAUAUAGUUCCUUCAGAAAAAACUAUACUGUAAACAUCUCUAUUUAAUAAGUUUGAGAGCACCUAUUCGUUUUUAAAGUUUUUAUUAUUAUUAUUUUUUAGUUUUAACCCCUUUGCUUGGUGCAGUGGUAAAAACUCGGGAUGCCAAUUGUGAGAAUGUGGCUUUGAGACUGGGGCAUGUCAAAGUUAGGUCACUAGCUGGAUUUAGUGGUGACCAUGCUGGAUAAUGCCUUAAUUGUAGUCUACCUCCAGUUUUGUGUUAUUUCUAGAUGAUUUUGAGCAGUUGUUGAAUUCACAACCCCAUUUUAUUACAUUUCAUAUAGAGUGGCUAAUGUUUGUCCAACUUGUUAAUUGUGGGGUGUGUAACAACACCACACUUGGUUUGUUAUUAAAGCUAACCAGCUUUUUACAUUCUUUGCCAACCUCAAGGGUGUGCUGCCCUCAUUCCAACUUAUUGAGCCCAUUUAUUUGUACUUCACUUGAAAGGUUUGCUCAUCAUGGGGGAUAUGAAAUUCGCUACUUAUUGAUAAAGUGCUUGCUAAGUGACACAGAAAGCGGAAUUUACAGGUCAUGGUACCCAAAUUACAUUUCUCAUGACGUGUCAGCCUUUGUUUUUGCAACUCUUGCCAUGUAUGCUUGUUAUGGUUCCUCUUUGUUUCCACAAUUCAAAAGUUGGAAGAGGGGUUGUUUUUUUUGGCUAAUAAAAUUGAUAUUCGAAAUCAGAAUUGAUAAGAUGGGUUAAGGUAAUGUACGUAUGUGAAAUGAUUGAAGGAAAGGGACAAAUGUUAAAUGUACAUAUGUGUGCGAGGAUUGAGACCAUGGCCUUGCAAUGAAAUGGCACAAAAUCUUUUUAAUUAUUGAGUUGGAUAUGUGACAACUGAGUUAUUAAAUUCCGAUUAUUGUCAUAAUAACUUGUUUUCUAGUUUAAGUUAGAUAGUCAUCAUAUUUUCUGCAAAAUGAUGCGGGCAUGACGGACGAUUAUUAUAAUGUUGAUGGCACCAAGUUCUCCUUUGUAGCCCUAGACGCAAGAUUUGGCACAAUUGAAAAAUUAAAUUACAGGCGCGCACAACUAAAAAAUUAAAGGGGGCACCUGCGCAUGUAACAGGCACAAGUGUGCCUGGAGGCUACGUGUGCAUUUAACAACACUGAAUUCCUCUUAUCUUUCAGCAAUACUCAUUUCUUCUAGGAUUAACAUCAAACAGAUUAUGGGCACUCUCUCUCUAUGUAGUCAAUUCUGUUAGGAUUAACGUCAAACAGAUUGUGGGCAACGAAAAUGAGCUAUGAAAGAUUCUACUCAAUUACAUUUCACAAUUUGAUUCAUCAAAAACCAAAACAACACAGACAAACACACUGGCAUACAUGAAAAGAGGCAACAUAAAGGAUCAAAUGUCAUAAAAAUAAAAAAAUAAAAAAUAAAUAAAAA